ACAGGCGGCUACUUCAAGAGGAGCUCAGUGGCCUGGGCAUACGGCUUCAUCGGGAAUAACCUCGACACAUUUCAAGUGCGGCUCUUCUGCUUCAGAGAUAUUAAGGAUACUAACAACCUUUGCUGUGAGAAAUCUGUCAGAUGAGGAGGAUAUUACCCACCUUCAAGUUGAAAACAGCAUCGUAGCGCACAGCGGUGUGGAGGAAGCUGGGAGUCAUGAACUAAGCGUUAAAUAAAUGGAUAUACUAAUAUCUGACAGGAAAAGCAUUUAACUGAAGUCAUCACUUGAAUGAUUGCUACCCAUGCAAUGCAAUCUGGAUGUCCACACAGCCAAGGAGGGGCCCAUCCUGAGUUCCAGAAGUGGAGUAACACUGGUGCUCGUAAAUCACCUCACCUCACAAAUGAAAAACCAAACAUAAUGGUAGCCGUUCCAGAUUCUACGGAGCCUGGAGUGGAUUACGGUCCACCUCGGUGGCAGCAAGGCUGUGCACCAUCACUUCAGAAUUUUCCAUAUCUCCACGGUCAACAAGGGUCACAUGCAAACAUAGAAAACACGGGAUUCCAGCAAGUAGUACCCAGGAAGAGUGCAUGUACUCAAAUCUGUGAUGGCCAAAUAAACAGAAAAGUUAAACACUUUCAUUCAUCAGCACAUGUCUCUGCGCAACUUCAGCAGAGAAAUGAUGCUUUCUUUGCCAGCAGAAGUUCUGCAGUACCCCAGGGAUACAGUCUUGGAGUACCAACAUCUCCUUCACAACAGUGUUCUUUGGUGUCUCAGCGAAAAAAGCAGAACUCCUUCCCAAUGCUGCGAGCCUUACUGGGAGCAAAUCAUACAGAUCCCAACUCCUUUUCCACCACCCCCUCAUCAGAGAAAAGUAAUUCCAACACUGAACUCAAUACUGCUCAUUUAUCAAACGAAAAGCACUGCAAGAGUCAGCACGCGAGAAGUUCACUAGCUGUUCUUAAUCGCCGGCAGGCAAGAACACAAAACCCAGAUCAAUUUAAAGAAACUUGUCCUACGCUCCAUCAGCAGCAAGGCUGCUCACCCCCUCUGAGUGGCCCACCAAGAUGCAAGUUCUUGCCAGUUGGACAAACUGAACCACCUACUGAUGACCAAAUAAUGGAACAUAUUUUAGAAAAGCUGAAGUAUUAUAGGACUCUAAAAGACAGUAAGAGACUCCCACUCUCAAAUAAGAGGGGGACUUUUAGCACCAAUGAGCAGGACUCAAGACUCCAGUCUGGCUGUGUCAUGCCAAUGUCGAACAGUGUUGGCCUUCUCUCCACAGUCUCUGACAAAGAUGUGGAGAAGCAAAGUCCUAACUGUGUUGUGGAAGAGCAGUGUGCUGCUGCAGUUGGACAAAAACUUGAAGAGGAUUGCUCAAAGGACAACAAAGCAAUGGCUGACAGUACUCCCAAGUCUAAAGAGAUGGGUGAUUGUACAACAUUGACAUCCGAGAACAAUUCAACAGGUACUCUACUCUCUGCCAUAAAAAGCUCAAAAAAUUCUCCUAAAAGUGAUUUUGUUAAGAAGAGUGCAUCUGUAACUUGUGAUUUACCAGUAAAGAAACACUUGGAUGUAACUUCGACAGCAUAUGGUGAUGUCAGACUUGUUUAUUCAGAUGGCUGUUCUGAAGAUAAAACUUUUGUCAGUAGCAAUGAUGACAGUUUUUAUAGUAAAUGGUGGUGUGAUAAGUCCUCACAGAAAGUGACCACUAUUCAUUAUACGUUAACUGCACUGAAGGAGCUGAUAACUAGUCUGGCGAAUGUAGAGACUAUUGCAGAAAUGGACAACUUUUCUGAAGUCAUACUGCAACAGUAUUGGAAUGGGGAUAAAGAUAACAUUCAUCUCUUUGCAUCCACAGAAUAUCCACACAUUAUGAUGAACGUUGCUGCCACUUGCACGAAGAAUGAAGGUGAGAGUCCAGUGGUUCUUACCGCAGUGUCUGGAAUUCCCUUGAAUGAACCGACUGAAAGGCACCCCAGUUCAAAGGUCAACUGCAGCUCAUCACAAAAAGAAGGGAAGUCUGCUUGUUUAAAUAUUAACAAGAAUGUGGAUGACAUAGACCAAGAACCUGAUGUUUUUGGGGCUCUCAAAUGCAUGACCGUGAAGGAGAGAGAAUUUACAGGCCAGAAACCAAUGGAGACAAUAUGGUUGGACAGUGUGCAAAGUGUCUCAGAGGAUCCUACACUAGUGUCAGGUUCAGUGGUAUCUGAAAACAAAACAAACAAAACAUUGGAAUUCACAUCACCCAAUGACAAUCACGAUGCAAAUACAAAAAAACAGAAAAGCAUUGAAGAUUCACAAAAUUGCAGUGUUACCUCCAAGGAUGUAAUUGCACUUUCCAAGCCAAAUUCAUUAAUUGAUCAGAUUCAUCCUACACAACAAAGUGAAGACGUUUCAGAUUAUGAUGUGUCACGGUUGUCCAUAGAACUCCCAAAAAAUGAGCAUGAGGAAUUAAACGUUCCAACAUGUUUUAAACACCCACAGUAUGAAGAUAUAAGUGAAGAUGAAAAAUCACAAGUUCAGAAUCCUUCACUUGCACAAGUACCUGAACCUAAUGAUAAACAGUCAAUAUUUGAAAAUGAAGGCUACAAACAGAGUCAGGCUCACAUGAAGACAGAAAUAAUUUCAUCGAAGACACCAAUUCCAAAGAAACACGUUUCACCCAAGACAGCAGUACUUGCUGACAGUGAGGGACUUCUGGCAAGGCAACCAAAGCACUCAGUUUCAUAUAGUCCUUUCAAUGCUUCAACAUGUGAGGAUCAGACUGAGGGUCAGGAUGAAGAUCAGGAUGAGGAUGAUGAUGGUGAUGAUGACUGGCUAGUCAUACCAAUAAGCAUGUCAGACCUUACAUUUGGACCAAAAGAUGAAGACCAGAAUGGCCCUGAAGAAGUUGUGCUAAAUAAUGGUAUUAAUGGAGACAAUGGAAGACAGGGUGGCACAAGUCCAACACAUACUGUCUUACAUUGCCCAGCUCCAAAACCAGGACCAGCUUCUACUUUGUCCCAGUUAGAGGUCUUUGACACAAUUGAGAGCUUUCAACAAGCAAAAGCUGUACGGGUUAGGGAUUGUUUUGAAGUGGCACCAGGCAGGAGCACAGCAGAGCAUGAACAGGACUCUGGGGGAGAACCACAUACAUCUCGGAGGAAGAGAGAGUCCUACUCUGACUCUGAAGACAGCAGUACAACUGAAGACAGUUGUGAUUACUCAUCUGGAUCAGAACAGAACUAUUUGACUGUGUCCAAGCGGUUGUUGGAGAGGUCAGCCCCUCUUCCCCCGGUGAGAUUUCAUUGUGUGUCUGAAAAAGAGAGCAACAGUGAUGAAGUUACAAUUACGCAAAAAAGUCAGACUAGCAGCUCUGUCAAGUCAGACUGUAUGGAAAACCUUAGACAGCUGAUAACAGCCAGGGUUUACUCUAAGCAUGUUCAACCCACAACAAACACCCAAAGGAUGUCUAAAAAAGAAAGUAUAAUAACUCUUGAUUCUGACACAGAAGAUGAUUGUUACCAAAACUGUAACAAGAGGAAAAAAAGGAAGAGAUUGUUUACAGGAUCAAGAUCAGUGAACAGUGGAGACACACUAUGCAGUCAACAAAGGAGAGAUUCACCUGAAAUUGAGGAAUGUGAAGCUGUUAAAGAAAGUUUAAAAAAAUCCAGAUCAUCUGCAGACUCACCGGCACCACAACACCGGUCUAAAAUGAAUAAAUCACAGGUUAAAGAUGUGAUAGAGGAUGCAUUCCCUGGACAGUCACACAUCACAGAAAAGAGUGGACAGCUGAUUGAGGCCAAUUCUGUAAUAACCCUGAGCUCUGACACAGUGGACAGUGAAAAUGAACAUAACAAUAAAAAGGCAAAGAGGAAAAGAUUACAUUUGCCGGGGUCAGCUGAUAGUGGUGAUGCCACUUCUGUUCAACAAUACAGACAUGCACAUGAAUCUGUGGACACUCUGUGGGGAACUGCAAGUGAGCCGCUUCAAGAACCUAGAUUGUCACCUGCAGAGACCAUCAGACAAAAAAACUCAAAAAAAGAGACCAAAGUUUUCCAUGGUUCUGAGAGAGUGGCUAAAAAUGAUAUCUGCAAAAAGAAGGUAAAAAAGUACAAUGUUAAUGACUUAUUUGCUACACAAAGUGGACCUGAAACUGUGGACCAACAGUCAUAUGAAUCCUCACCAGAGAAGCAGCCCCGGUCUGUAGACGAGGAGGAGGACUCUAGAUUGGUUCCUAAUCCUGGGCUUGUUCGCCUCUUUAUUCAGCCAUCUUCUCCAGCCAGUAAGUGCUUGAAACUUGUAAAAGAAUCAAGAGUCCACCACAAAAAGAAAUAUGAAGCUCGGGUUUCAAAGACCCCCACUGAAACCAGCAAGAAGAAUGACUCCUGUGACACAAAAACACAAGGUUUAUAUAGAAAUAGAAAAGAAAAUGAGAGACACCAUGAAACGAAGAAUGAGGGACAAGGAAUCGUAACAAAACCCAAAGUAGUUUCAAGGCAACUCUCAUUACCUAACCAAGAACGCCCAUCCACCUCCACCAGUAGAUUGUCAUCCACAAGUGGACACCUUUCUGAGGCCAGAAGAAGCUCAGCCUCAAGAGGUUCGUCUCAGUCUGAAGCAAUGUCCGCCUCCUCAGCGCCCCCUAAAUCUAAGCAGAGUCUGCCUAUUCCCAGACAUCUACCUUCAUCCAAAAUACAGCGGUCUCACUCUUAUAGCUGCCCCUCAACAUCUGCCAAAAGCCCCCCGUCCUCUGCAAGUACAUACUCAUCAGCAAAGAAGGCAAGGCAACAAGUGACUGAAGACUGGAACAAUGGGUUUUUCCCAACCAGGAGAGACCGAAAACAUAGCAUGAGGAUAGAGGAUAACUCCAGAACCACAAAUCAUGAUUGUCAGAGGGAAGCUAGACCAGGACCUACUCCAUAUGAAAGGGCACCCAGACAGGGGCACAGAUACCACAACCCUCAAAAAGCCCUGAUGAAGAAGUCCAUUUGUGAAGCCACAGAGUGGAUGAAACACAUACAUCGGAAAACACCAAUGGAACCAAGAAGAGUCCAUGAAGGUUACAAGUGGUCAGAGAAGCCAACAAAAGGUUCUGCUAGAAGGCAGAGGUGCAGGUAUUCUCCAAGACCUCAUUAGAAAGAAAAAGAUGCCAGUGUCUCUGUAUCCAGUUUGUUUCAGCACCAAAGGGACAAAUUGUUGGUGUGUCAAUACAAUCAUACCUGUUGUAACAAAUUAUAUCUUUGGUUUUUCAAAGCAUUUGUGUGUGUAUAUGUAUAUAUAUAUAUAUUAUAUAGCACAACAGUCUACUUGAUACAUGUUGUAAAUCUGUAUAUAUUUUAACUUUUUUUGUGUGAAUGUUCUUUUUACCAGCUACCUCAGAAUGUAUAAAUCCAGCACUAAGUUCUAUUUUUUUUUUUUUGCUCAGAAUGCUGUCUAAAUUUGCAUACAUUUGAAUAAUUUGUACUUUGAAAACUCAGCUCUGAUUACAUGUUUUCUAAGGUGCAGUCCGAGGUUGCAUUCCUUUUAAAAAAUGUUCAUAUAAAAAUGUAUAAAAUCUCUUAAAUUGAUAAAUUCCAGUGUGACUUGUAUGUACUUCUAUUUCAUCACUAGAGGGAGACAUUGCACUUACAUUUGCGCCUCAUGAUACACACCACGCACGUGAUGAACCACUUUUGUGACCCGUUUUCCUCAGGGGGUAGUGACAGUAUAUUACCUCUUCAGUCAAAGUUACAUGUAGUUAAAUUGGCAGCUUCUAAAGUUGUGACUCCAUGGUAUUGACCCAGUGAUACAUUUUAAUAGCUGUGAUAUCAGAUACUGGUGUCGAUCAGUGGAGCUGUAACACCUCAUUUGACAAUAGUUGGUCAAUAUAGUGCACUUUGGUAGCUGAGUGGUUCCCAUGCAUGCCAUGUAAUUGCAAUAUCCCUGGUUCAACUCGGCAAGGGACUUUUGUUGUGUGUCAUUCCCUUCUCUCACUGUUUCCUGUCGGCUUCUAUGCCAGGUACUUCCGAAUAAAGGCAAAAAAUGCCCAAAAA